CGCUCGCUUGCUAGCCAAUACAGCCGAAAUAUUCAAGCUGUUUACACGCUUUCGGUGUAUAUUAACUACUGUGUUUUAGACACACUUCUGUUGUAUAUACUUGUUAAUCUAUUUAAUUUAAUAUUACGUUAUUUUAUAUUAGUCAGCUAUAGUAGCUGGCUGGUUAAGUUAGCACUAGUCUAGUCGCUAAUAAUUAGCUACCAAGCUAACAUCCCCGACCAUGAGUUCCCUAAACUACUCCCCUCCUGUUAAAGAAGAGGAGGUCUGCUGGACGGAGAAAGAAGGUCUGGGGCUGAACAUUGUCGUGAAAGAGGAGAAGGAAGAGGAGGAUGUUACAGUAAAACAAGUAGAGUGUGAGGCUGUUACAGUGAAAGAAGAAGAGAAAGACGUUUCAGUUAAAGAAGAGGAAGACGCGUUCAGAGUGAAAGAUAAGGAGGAUGUUACAGUAAAAGAAGAGCAGGAUGUCGUUUUUGGGGUGAAGAAGGAAGGAGAGAUUACUGUCACAUUGAAAGAUGAAGAGGAGAUGGGAGAUCUGAUUAACACCAGAGAGAUACGGAACUAUAGUGGAUCCUCCGGGGAGCCUCAACAACCUCAUGAUGCUGAAGAGGCAGAGAAAAGUCUCUCCAGAUCAGAACACCUCAAGAAACACCAGCAGAGACCCACAGGGAAGAGAAUUCACUGCUGCUCUGACUGUGGGAAGAGAUUCACCUCAUCAGGCAUUAAAAUUCAUCAGAGAACACACACAGGAGAGAGACCUUAUAACUGUGUUCAGUGUGGGAAGGGUUUUACUCAGUCAACCAGCCUGAUAUCACACCAGAGAAUACACACAGGAGAUAAACCUUACAGCUGUGGUCAAUGUGGGAAGAGUUUUAGUCGAUCUGGCUCUCUGACUCAACACCAGAUAAUACACACAGGAGAGAAACCUUAUAACUGUGGUCAAUGUGGGAAGAGUUUUGGCCAAUCUUGCCAUCUGACAUUACACCAGAGAAUACACACAGGAGAGAGACCUUAUAGCUGUGGUCAAUGUGGGAAGAGAUGUACUACAUCUGGCCGGCUGACAUUACACCAGAGAACACACACAGGAGAGAAACCUUAUAGUUGUGUUCAAUGUGGGAAGAGAUGUACUACAUCUGGCACUCUGACUCUACACCAGAGAAUACACACAGGAGAGAAACCUUAUAGCUGUGGUCAAUGUGGGAAGAGUUUUGGUCAAUCUGGCCACCUGAAAAUGCACCAGAGAAUACACACAGGAGAGAAACCUUACAGCUGUGGUCAAUGUGGGAAGAGUUUUGGUCGAUCUGGCCAGCUAACAUCACACCAGAGAAUACACACAGGAGAGAGACCUUAUAGCUGUGGUCAAUGUGGGAAGAGUUUUACUACAUCAGGCUCUCUGACUCUACACCAGAGAACACACACAGGAGAGAAACCUUAUAGCUGUGGUCAAUGUGGGAGGAGUUUUGGUCAAUCUGGCCAGCUGACAAUACACCAGAGAACACACACAGGAGAGAAUCCUUACAGCUGCGAACAAUGUGGGAAGAGAUGUACUACAUCUGGCUCUCUGACUCUACACCAGAGAACACACACAGGAUUGAAACCUUAUAGCUGUGGUCAAUGUGGGAAGAGUUUUGGUCGAUCUUGCUCGCUGACUCUUCACCAGAGAAUACACACAGGAGAGAAACCUUAUAGCUGUGGUCAAUGUGGGAAGAGUUUUGGUCGAUCUGGCCAUCUGACAUCACACCAGAGAACACACACAGGAGAGAAACCUUAUAGCUGUGAUCAAUGUUACAAGAGAUACUCUGAUAAAAGAUCUCUGAUCAAACAUCAGAAAAUACAUACAUGAAGGAGUUAUUUCGUGAUAUCAGUGAUUUUUAUGUCACAAAGGAAUUUCACAAUGUAGAACCCUAAACGUUUGCCCCAUUCAAUUGAUUUCAGCGUGAUAUGGAUAUUUGUCUUGGGAAAAAUCCAGGCUCUGAAUUGAAAGAGUACUUUUUAUGUGAUUUAACAAAAAGUGACGAACACAAUAAGAGCUGUGUUACACUUACCAUGUUGGUGACCCACUUGAAUCAAAAUGCAACAGUUCACAAUGUGGCCAGCUGUUUUCUACAAAUUGUCCUCUAACUAGUGAUGUUAACAUUAGUCCCAGAUGUUGUGUGGGUUUUGUCCCAGAUGUUGUGUGGGUUUUGAGCUUUUAGUUUUAAUAGAACGUGUAACCUCAUCCUCCCACCUGUCACACAAUUGAUUUCAACAUGAUAUCGAUGAGUGAUGACAAAUAAGUGUUGCGUUCCUUUGUUUAGCGACCCCUACAUUUAAAUGCAUCACUCCAAAAUGUAGCUGACUGUCUUCUGCAGAUUGUCCUCUAACCAGUGAGGUAAAAGAUAUCUCCCAUUUCCAUGUAUUUUUUUAGUUGUGUUAGUUUCAACAGCAAGUACAACCUGAUUUCCCCCCUAAUCGAUAUCAGUGAUUUAUGCCUACUUGUCAAUAACAACAGCGUUUUUUGGUUCUUCUGCAGUUUAUAAGGUGCUUGGUUGUUUUUUAAAAUAUGAUUAUUGUGGCAGAUGUUUGUGUAUAUAGUACAUUUUAUGUUUUCAAUUUAUCACAAACUGCUUUUGCAUUUGGACUAUUGAUUUAGACACGUUAAGACUGUGACAUUGGGGCUAUCCCACCUAGCAAAAUGUUAUUGAAAAUAAGACUAUGCCCGAUCUACAAUAUAAGUUUGGUUUUAGUUGAAAGUGAAAGUUGAAAAGAAGACAAUUUAAUUUCAAUGUACCUGCAGCCUAUACACAUGAACGCAGUAUAAUAAAUCUAUAAUCAGUUUUAGGGACAGGGGUCCAGCUAGUUAUACACUUGGACGCAGUAUAAUGAAUUGAGUCUAUAAUCAGUUUAGGGACAGGAGUCCCGGUAGUCAUGGUAAUAUGGAUCUGCUAGAGGGACAACUUCCUGUUGGAAUAUAUCAUCAUAAAUAUUCUGGAUUUUAACAAGCUUAAAUUCUUGUUAAUCUAACUGCACUGUCUGAUUUACAGUAGCUAUUACAUCGAAAACAUGCCAUGCGAUUGUUUGAGGACUGUGCCCGACAUCAAAAGGAAUCCUAAAAUCUACACCUAAACUUUGUUUCAACAAGUCAAAAUGCGAAUCCUAUUUACUCCUCAGAUACCCUAAAAUGUCAUCAAACUAUAAUAUUUAUUUUGGAAAGAAGUAUGUUCAAUAGGAAACCGAUUUUAGCAGGUGCGUAAUGUCUUCAUAGCGCGCAAACAAGAAUUUCCAAGACUGUGUCCCUCUACUAAAACUGAUAUUUCUUAUUCGUUUUUGAAGUUACAAGACUGAAACCUUGAAUAUAGACUGCUGACACCCGGUGGAAGCCAUAGGAAUUGCAUGCAGGGAGCUAAUUUUCAAUAUGACCUUUCUCUUGCGAUUCGAAGAGGAUGGUCUCUGGUUGGUUUUUCUUUGGCUUUUCUCCAUUCCUCUACAUUAUUUUAGCAUUUCUACAAACCUCAAAGUGUUUUCUUUCUAAUGGUACCAAUUAUAUGCAUAUCAUGGCUUCAGGGCCUGAGCUACAGGCAGUUUACUUUGGGCACAAAAUAAUGUAUGAGACUAUAACACAAUUGAUAUGGCAGGUGAAAAACCAACGGGAAUUGUUUGUUGUUCUAUGUAAUUCCAGCUCCCAGAUUGCAAUUCCUAUAGCUUCCACUAGAUGUCACCAGUCUUUGUUCAUUGUUUCAGGCUUGUUUCUUCAAAAACUAGCAAGAAUUUGAAGUUUUUUUUAGAAAGAGUCCCCGUACAAUAUCAGUCUGUUGGCGCACUAUGAAGAGGACGCCGUGUGCGCUUGCUAAUUUUACUUUUCUAUUGAACAUACUUCUUUCCGUAUGAAAUUUUAUAGUUUAUUUAGAUUUUAGGAUACCUGAGAAUUAAAUAGAGACGUAGUUUGACUUGUUUAUACAAAGUUCAGCGGUAGCUUUUUGGACUCCUUUGUCUGCAUGUUGAAUGAGUGGAUUACUGAAAUCGAUGGCACCAACUGAACUGACUUUUUGGGAUACAAGAAUUUUAUCUAACAAAACGACCAUUCAUGUUGUAGCUGGGCGCCUUGGGAUUGCAAACAGAGGAAGAUUUUCAAAUAUAAGUGAUUUAUUUAAUCGCUAUUUGUGAUUUUUAUGAAGCCUGUGCUGGUUGGAAAAUAUGUUGUGCUGUCCUCAAACAAUCGCAUGGUUUCGCUGUAAAGCCCAUUUGUAAAUCGGACAAUGCAGUUAGAUUAACAAGAAUUUAAGAUACUUGUAUGUAAGUUCAAACCCCUGAGCUGACAAGGUACAAAUCUGUCGUUCUGCCCCUGAACAAGGCAUUUAACCCACUGUUUCUAGGCCAUCAUUGAAAAUAAGAAUUUGUUCUUAACUGACUUGCCUAGUUAAAUAAAGGUAAAAUAAAUGUUCAUAAAUGUUUAAUAUUAUGAUAAUUUAUUUGAAUUGUGCGCCCUCCAAUUUCACCGGAUGUUGUUGGCAGGUGACCAGCGAGCGGGAGGCCUAGCCUUACUAAGGGGGAAGGUGUUACAGGCUUUGGUUUUUCCAUUUAUGUUUUCUUGCUGGGGAACGUAAGAACAAACAAUGUAGUAAAAACAAGCUGAUAUUUUGGGUUGGAUGUUGCAUCCAAUUGUUCAUAUUUUAAUCAAUGGCAUUUUCUUAGAAUGUUCAUUAGUCUUUCAGUUGUUAAUCUUCUGUUUUUUAUCCUCUUGUGUUUGUUGUGGUAAAUAUUUGUUUAUUUUCAUUGUUUUUUCCUGUGAAGCCAUUGUGUUGCAUCCAUGUCUGAAAUGUGCUGUAUAAAUAAAGCUUGAUUUGAACAUA